UAACACGCCGGGUAAGCCGGGGGUCGGGGAUGGUGUCUGCUCACUGCGCGUAAUUCCACGAGUGCAGUACACCUUUGGCUGCACUCCUUAUUCCCUCUGCUGUAUAUCGUAGUAUCGGGUAUGCAGCAGCCGAGUCCCGGCGAUUACGUUAGAUACACACGUACCCCUGUAACCCCUUCACCUCCGCACCCCGCGCCAUCCCUCCAUCCUCCAUCUCCCCAUCCCACAAGCCCCCAUCCCACCUCCACGGCCCGAAUCCCGUACGCCGCAACACACCAGGCCGGUCGACCGGCACCGCGGUCCUACCUAGAUUAGGCUUGGGUGCUCUCGACGCACCGGGCUGUCCCAUCCAGUCCCGGGCACGCAGACACGUGCAUAGACACAGACACAGGCUCACACGGUACACAGCACACCAUGGCCAGCGAUGCUGAGCCCGGGAUGGCGUACGCGUACUGCGUCGCCAACGACGGGUGCGUGCUCGCGUUCCAGACCUCGCGGCCAACCAACCGCGACUCGCACCAGCAGCAGCCUUCCUUACCCUUCCCCGCUGCUACCCUCGCUGCCAACUCGGAAGGGGGAGAGACCGAGGACGCCGAAGAAGAGAUCUGCAUCCUGCUGCUCCACGGCUUCAGCGGGUCGAGUCGGUACUUCACGCGCAACUACCCCGGGCUGACCGCCAGCCGGCAUUGGGUCGUGGCGGCGGACCUGCGCGGCCACGGCAACUCGGGGCGCCCCGCCGGCGGGUACCACGUCGCGCGGCUGGCGGCGGACCUGCGGGACCUCGUCGCGCACCUGCGGUGGGUCUACUCGGCCGCAGCCCCUCCCUCCUCCACGCAUGCCGGCACCGAAAACAGGGAAAGAAAGCGGCUUAAAUUCGUCCCCGUGGGUUGCUCCAUCGGCGCCGCCGUGGUGUGGACCUACGUCGAGCUGUUCGGGUCCGACGACGACGACUUCGCUGGGUACGUGUUCGCGGACCAGGCGCCGCUGCAGGACCGCUCGGCGUUCGGGGACUACUUCUUGUACGAUUCGGACGACUCGGGCGACGGCAACCGCGGGGAGGCGAAGAGCGGGGAGGCAAAGAGGGGCCGCGGCUGGGACGCGUCGCGCGCGCACCUCAGCUGCUACGACGAGGCGACGCUGCAGGCGGCGCAGGCGGCGUGGGCGGCGGACCCGGAGGCGGCGGGGCGCGAGCUCGCGGCGUCGUGCCUGGGGUACCGGCACGCGCCGGAGGCGGGCGACGGGGCGGGCGCGGACGCGGACGCGGACGCGGCCUUCUUCGCGGCGAUCAGCGCGCGCUGCGACGGCGCGUGGCUCGCGCGCCUGCUCGCCGACCACACGCGCUACGACCACCGCGAGGCGCUCGAGGCGCUCGCCGCGCCGGCCCUGGUCCUGGCCGGCCGCCGCACCGGCUGCUUCCCGCUCGCGGGGAUGCGCGAGGUCGCCGCGCGCGUCGAGCACGCGAGCGGAGCCGGCCGCGCCCGCCUCGUCCUGUUCGGCUCCGGCCACUGGAUGUUCUACGAGGAGCCCGACCGCUUUAACACCGAGGUCCUCGCCUUCGUCGAGAGCUGUCGCGCGCGCCCCCGCGUGCGCCCGCCGGAGGAGGGUAGAUAGGAGAAAAUAUACGUGUCGUGCGGUCGAGUGGUUCCAUUUGAUAUGUAUUGAUUUCGCUGCUGAUUCCCGCUGCCAUAAAGGAUGGUUCUAUGGAAAA